AUGAAUUGCGGCAUCCUUCGAGCGCUCAUCUGGGAAAGCAAGAGGGGCUCCGAUGACCAAGAUGCUGGAUGGCUUGCCUUACCGGCGGGUGUUGGUGUCGGCACCGUUGGGGCAUCCUGGGCAGCGUUUUUUGCUUCUCAGGGCCUUCCCGUGUCCGUGUAUGAUCGGACGCCCGCCGCGCUUGAGAAGGGCUUAGCCGACGCACGAGCAGCCCUGGCACGUCUGGAGGCUGCUGGGCUGUUGGCCGAGGAUGCUGACCAUGCCGCGACCCGCCUCCGCGCGGCGGACAGCCUCGAGGCCGCAGUGGCCGAGGCGGACUUCGUGCAAGAGACCGUCUAUGAGGACUAUGGGCUGAAGGCGGAGGUGUGGCGGUCCAUCGAGCGCCACGCGCCGCCCGAGGCCGUGAUCGCGUCGUCCACGAGCGGGCUGCUCAUCUCCCAGCUGGCGGAGGCCCUGAAGAGGCCGGAACGAGCCCUUGUAGCACAUCCCUUCAACCCUCCCCAUCUCAUCAACCUGGUGGAAUUGGUUCCUGGACCUUGUACCGACACCGGUGUCCUUGAGUCAGUGAAGCAGUUCUACAAGAUGCUUGGAAAAGCCCCGGUGGUCCUGUUAAAAGAGGUUGGAGGGCACAUCGCGAAUCGCUUGCAGGCGGCUGUGUGGCGAGAGGCCAUAAGCCUCGUACACCGCGGCGUCGCAACGGUUGAGGAUGUGGAUACUGCUCUCCACGAGGGCCCCGGAGUGCGCUGGGCCCUCCUGGGCCAGCAUGCCAUCUUCGACCUCGGGGGCGGAGAGGCGGCUUACCGCGGGCUCUUUGAAGGAAUUGGCAAAAGCUGCUUCGAGCAACUGGUUUGGCCUUCCAUGGACACAUGGAGCGCUGUUCCGGAUGAGGGGAAGGAGGCCUGCAUCGCAGGGAUUGAGCAGUGGUAUCGCCAGGCCGGUUGA